AUGCGCCAGAACUUUUCUUCGCCCACAUUGUCACCUCUGCCGCCGUACCCUGCGAGUUCUCCACCUAAGGAACCACCAGCGUCACCGGCUCCUUCACCACCCUCUUCACCACCAGCACCUGAGCCAUCAGUACCUGCAAGCGACGAGAAUAAUAUGCGAGCGACACAUAUUCGCCCGCGCACCGCGCCCGCAUCUCCAGAGCGUCCAGGCACAGCGUAUAGCACGCGCUCGACAAUCCGCCAGGUCGAGCCGUCACCAGAUAGCCUCAGCGACGCGCUCGCCCUGGGCUUUGCACAUGGUGGCACACCGGCACCCGGAACCUCCUUCGAGCCUUUUUCGCUGUUCAACCCAGGUCAAGACGGUAAGACCGAACACGACGAGCACGGCAUGCACCAUUCCAGCAUCGAGCCCACCGCCCCAGUAGUAGCGCUGCGCCGCGGCGGCACACCAUCUGGUCGUUCCUCACCACGCAAGAGUCGAUCUUGCUCGCCGCAGAAAAGCAGAUCUGCAUCUCCGCGCAAACAGCUAGUUCGCACACCAACACUACCCGUGCACCAAGAAUCGUCAUCAUCUGCGUGCUCUGCCGUAAGCUCCGAGAAGUGGGAAGCACCCGACACGCCCUCUCCAAUUCCGCACGAGCAGCAAAGAGAAGCGUAUGCUCCACUGCAAGUCCGCAGGCCGUUCGCGGAGUCGAACAGUGAGGGCGAGCCUGUGGCAGGGCAUGAUACGCAUCCGAGGAUUGCGGAUUAUAUGCGGAAGAUGAUGCAGCAGCAGCAAGGUGCCAGGUCCAAGCCAGGCGAGAUCAAUCGCUCGCAAGUCGAGGUUCCAGAGCCAGUAAAGAGAGUCGUGGGUCCGCCAGCGCCGCACAUUGUACAAGCCAUGGUGCAACCCGACAAUCCGUCUCAGACUCUAUCUCCUUUUUUUGCAGCGCAGAGGCAGGCACAGAAGGAGCCGGCGCGCCAUAUCAGCGUAUCAAGGCGCAGUGAGGCAUCGGGUGCUUCUGUGGCGAGCAAGCAUAGUAUCUUUUCCACGCCGGGCAGGGAUGAGAUGGAGAGGAAGAAGCCGAUCGUCGAGGAGGAUGAGGGGCCGUUUGCGACGGCGACGAGUAUGCAAGAUCUUGAGCAGAGACGGAGGAGGGUGAGUGAGGGGUCGAAGGAUGGUGAUGGAAUUGGGAAGAGGGUUUGUGGAAUGAAGUGUGUAGUGAUGUAG